AUGGCUGCACCUCUGGCGUUCCUCUGCGCUGGUGGGCUGCGUGCCAGCCCUGCCGUGGCAGUGCCAAAAGGGAAGGAUGUGGGGGGAGAACAGGAAAUCGGUGCAGGCCAGCAGAUCGGCUGGCAUGGGGACUGCGCCGUGCAGGUGAUCCCGGACUGGCGCUGGGCUUCCGUCUGGCUUUGGCUGCCUGCCUUUGUAGAAGGGAAAGAAGAAGUGUGGUGCGUGGCCGGCAGCGGGGAACCGGAAUUCCCCAGGCGGCUGCCAGAGCCCAGACCUCCCUCUGCAGCCACCAGACGUGGCCCUUGGGCUCUGCGAAACGUGUCACAGGCUCUUCAGGCUUGCCUCGGUUGGAAGCCUGGCUUUGGGCAGUGCCAGGUCCAAGCCCUGCACGUGCUAUUGGUUCACCUGGCCAUUAUCCACUGCGUACCAGCCGUAGCACUCUGCUGCAUUGCUCAGCUGCCCAGGGAGGUGCUGGAGAUCCAAAAUGAUCUUUUCCAGACCCCACUCCACCUCGCAGUGUACCUGGAGCAACCCAGCGUGAUCCAGGCACUGAUCCACAAGGGAGUGAAUCCUGGGCUGCAGGAUCGCAACGGCAACACCCCGCUGCACCUGGCCUGCGAGCAGCAGCGCCUGCAGUGUGCCCAGCAGCUGCUGCAGGGCACAGUCCUGCCAGAGGACACGGCCCAGCCCCACGGGCACCACCAGGACCUGCAGCUCCAGAACUGGCAAGGCUUGGCCUGCCUGCACAUCAGCACCUUGAAGGGGAACAUCCCCAUGAUGUCUCUGCUAUUGAAGAGUGGUGCCAACAUCGAUGUUCGGGAGGGCACAAGCGGGAAGACCCCAUUGCACCUGGCCGUGGAGAGCCACAACCGCAGGGCCGUCCAGUUCCUGCUGCGCAACGGGGCGUACGUGGACGCCCAGAUGUACAACGGGUGCACCCCGCUCCACCUGGCCGUGGGCCGCAAGGACGCUGCCAUCGCCGCCAUCCUCUCCCACUCCGGGGCCGACACCCUGCUGAGGAACAUGGAGAACGAGACAGCUCAGGACCUGGCUGAUGGCAAUGAUGAUCUCCUCGCCUUGCUGCCCUUUGAUGACCUGAAGAUCUCGGGGAAGCCUGUUGUGUGCUCUGAAUGAGCGGCCGGACUCCUCCUGCCCGUUGGGCUGCCUCCUUGCUCAGUGAUGCUGCCCUGCUGCCCGCUGGGACCUCGCCUGCCUGCAGUUCAGUGGGAGCAGAGCCACUUUGGGAGACUUAUCCCCCUCCUCUCCUCUUUGGAAAAGUUUUGUUGGCCUCAGGCUGCCUUCCCGGAAGGAAGAUGAUGGCACUAUGAUCACUACACAGGGGAAGCUUUUCUUUUAGUAUUUGUGCCCAGCAGCAAGACUGAAUUUCCCCUCCCUGCCACGGGUCUGACUUGUGGGGGUCUCCAGCUUACCCAGGGAAGGAGCAGGAGAGGACUCCUUCUCACACUGUACGGUGGACGAAGCAUCCCCUGGCACCCCUGAACGCCAUCAGAAUAAACACGGGGUGAGGAGAGCUAACACUCACUCUAAUAAACGUUUGUU